UCCGUUGCAUUCGCGCAGCAAAAAGAGGAAAAAGGAAAGAAGAAAGAGUACAACGCGGCGGCGACACCACCGCCCGCCGCCUCCCGCCGCGAUGGCGAUGCGUCCGCUCGCCAGGCUCCGCCACCAACUUUCCCCCUCCCUCCUCCGCUUCCAUGGCCCUCGGAAUGGGUGGCCCCCCGCCUCCGACGCCGCCUUCCUCUGGCGCGGGCUCGCCUCGUCAUCACCUUCCGCGGCCGCUGCUGCGGCGGGUCGGGAGAAGAGGUCGAGACGGACUCUGGGGUACCUGCUCGGCGUUGCGGUCGCCAUGGUCGGCGCCUCGUACGCUGCCGUCCCGCUGUACCGUCGCUUCUGCCAGGCUACCGGCUACGGCGGCACCGUCCAAAUACGCGAGAGUGUGGAGCAGAAGAUCUCACGGCAUGCUCGAGACGGAACUACAACAUCGCGAGAAAUAAUUGUUCAAUUUAAUGCUGAUGUUGCUGAUGGAAUGCCGUGGAGGUUCAUCCCUACACAGAGAGAGGUCAGAGUUAAACCGGGUGAAAGUGCUCUGGCUUUUUAUACUGCUGAGAAUCGCAGUUCAGCCCCAAUUACUGGUGUAUCCACAUAUAAUGUUGCUCCUAUGAAGGCUGCGAUUUACUUCAAUAAGAUACAAUGUUUCUGCUUUGAGGAGCAAACACUUCUUCCUGGAGAACAGAUUGACAUGCCAGUAUUCUUCUAUAUCGAUCCUGAGUUUGAGACAGACCCCAAAAUGGACGGGGUGAACAAUAUUGUUCUUUCGUACACAUUCUUCAAGGUGAACGAUAGUUAGAAAACUUGCCAACAACAUUGUUGUAUUAGGAAAAUAACACUUGAACAGUCCAUAUGCAGAUAUGCUGAGAGAUAGCAUCUCAUGUAACACCAAGAGAGGAUUUUUUUUUUCUUUGGUGUAGUUAGGUCACAUUUGUUUGUGGAGAAUUUUGCAAAUAAUCUGUAACGUGCACCCGAGGGCCAACGCGAUCAAAGUGGAUAUCAGUUUUCAUAUGCAAUCUCAAGAUUGUGAAGUGAUUGCAUUUCGUCGUGAA